AGGGCGAGCCGCCAUGGCCGGGGCCGGAGGAGGAAGCAGCAGCAGCAGCGCGGAGGCCGCGAUGGGGCAGAGGAUGGUCUGGGUGGACCUGGAGAUGACCGGACUGGACGUGGACAAGGACCAGAUCCUGGAGAUGGCCUGCCUCAUCACGGACUCGGAUCUGAACAUCCUUGCGGAAGGACCGAACCUGAUCAUCAACCAGCCAGAUGAACUGCUGGAUGGCAUGUCUGAAUGGUGCAAAGAGCAUCACGGGAAGUCUGGCCUUACGAAGGCCGUCCGAGAGAGCACCAUCUCCUUGCGUCAAGCAGAAUACGAGUUUCUGUCCUUCGUCCGGCAGCAGACGCCCCCGGGCCUCUGUCCUCUUGCAGGAAACUCAGUUCACGCAGACAAGAAGUUCCUGGAUAAGCACAUGCCCCAGUUCAUGAACCACCUUCAUUACCGGAUCAUUGACGUGAGCACCAUCAAAGAACUCUGCAGACGCUGGUAUCCAGAAGACUAUGAGUUUGCCCCAAAGAAAGCAGCUUCUCACAGAGCCCUGGAUGAUAUCAGGGAGAGCAUCAAAGAGCUGCAGUUCUACAGAAAUAAGAUCUUCAAGCAGAGAACAGAUGAAAAAAAGAGGAAGCUGGUGGAGAACGGGGAGGACAAAAAGCCCUCCACUUGAUCCGGCGGUCGGGUCCCUUCGCAAGAGCACGCAAGAAUCCAGGGUCUCCAUCUUUGUGGUCGGAAAAUGAAACGGCUCCCUUUUGCCCCUUUGCAUCCUCCGAUGGCUGACAGCGGUUGAGGACCGGAAGGGAUGGGUUUUCCACGAUGCAGCCGUGGGUUGCUUCACAGCCCUCGUUUGGUUCAAGAAUAACUUUCUUAGCCGGAGAAAUCCCUUUUGUUUAGUUUUAGAGGACCUUUUUCUUUACAGAAUAAAACCAGUCUGGCUGAAAG